UGUGUCACGUGACCCACGCUAACCGCCAUCUUUGCUUAUCGUAUAAACAGUGCCACCGGGCUCACCACGAAUUCUUGUCGAGGUACCGCGGUUUUUCCAGUGUUUUUGAGUGAUUCAGCCGCGAAGAAAUGUCCGAGAUCAAGGCAGAGAGCAAGAAUGAUAACAACAUCGCGGAUGCGUCGAAGGACCAUUCUGCAGAGGAGAAACCCAGUCCAACGAAAAACAAACGAGGGGGAACGAAAAGGCUCUCCACACUCGAAAGGUUGGCCCAGGAAGGAGAAAGAGUCACAAAGGAUUUAAAUGCCUCUUCCGUCGGUGAAGUUGAAGGAAGGAGGCGUACACGUAGUUCAGCGCGAGGCCUAACCCCAUCGACACCCGUGCCAUCGCCACCAAAAAAAGAAAAGAGGGACACAUCCUCGAAAGGUACCGGUCGUGGACGCGGGCGUCCAAAGCGGCAAGAGAAAAAUAAUGAGAACAACACGGACGAGGAAGCGGCCAAUAAUAAGAAUGAAAAGCAUUCCGAGGAGGAAUCGAUGAAGAUGGAUGUGGAUGAACAUAAAGAGGAAGCCGCGGAGAAGUUGGCCGAGAGUGAUGAAAAGAUCAGCGUGAAAGCGGAGAGUAACGAGGCCGCCGACAAGGUGGUCGAUUCCAAUUCCAAGGAGGAGAAGAUCGCAGAGGAGUCGGAAAAUUCAAUGGAAGAACCGAAGAGCUCUAGUGUCAGUGAAGAAAAGAAGGAGGAGGACAUAAAGGAUAGCUCGGAUUCGAGUCAAGAUGCAACGGAUGCGCCGGCGGCGGCAGCAACAACGGGAGCACCGCCCGCGUCCUCAUCAGAGUCCCAAAAUCCCCCUAACGCUACUACCACCGAAGAAAAUAAGGAAUAACCUCCUUUCGCCUGUUUACCAACUUCAUGUAAGCACUUUUUUUUUACAAUCGUUUCUUUGAUCCCUUACUAGCAUCGAUUCUGUUGAAAUAAAAUAAAAUACGAGAGAAGAGAAAGUGAAUGUAUGGGCGUUGCAUUUUUAAAUGUAAUUUUAUAGAGAAGAGAUACACGUACAUUUACACACAGGGGGGCUAAUUAGCUUUUAGCAGUUAAUCGCCCUUUAAACGGAACACUAAUUGUAAUUAUAAACACGCAGUUUGAUAAUUCGGACAUCUACUGUUACAAGAAAGUUUUAUCGGCUUCCCAUGCAUUCUCAAUCUGUUCGAAACGGUGUAGGAGCACAUGGAAUAUUAAAAUACAAAUUAUUUAAUAGUAUAAAGUACGAGUAGUGAUAAAGUUUGUAUAAAUUUUUAUAAAUCCCUAAUA